AUGGGUGCCAAAUUCUCAACCUACAGACGACGAUCACAUAACUCUCACUCUCACAACUUUCACUUGCACAAUUCCAACUCGAAUUCACAAUCCCCUCAGUCGACACGACCUUCAAAUGAAAGCCUGAGCCCCAUUCAGUCCACCGAUAGUUCAAUAGUUCGUCAGGGACGUCACUUCCACAACACUCAACAAUCUACCUACUGGCUACCAAACGAUGAAGAAGAAAUGGAUAGACUUGUAGGCCAACACUUUGCAUUGAAAUCUCUUUUCAACGGAAAUUUUCUCGAUGAUCCAGAGAUCUCGGCUCUGUUUGAAAAUGGCUGUGAAAUCCUUGAUGUAGGAUGUGGACCAGGCACAUGGAUAAUGGAUGUUGCUACGGAUUUCCCUGCUUGUCAGUGUACAGGAAUUGACAUGAGUGAGGUGUUUCCAAAUAUCAUCCGACCUUCGAAUGUUUCAUUUCAGGGCGGAAAUGUUCUUGAACGUUUGCCUUUUCCAGACAAUACCUUUGAUCUCGUUAACAUACGGCUAUUUAUUUUGGCGCUGCGGAAAGAAGAGUGGCUUCAGGUAGUAAAGGAAAUAUUUCGGGUAUUAAAGCCUGGAGGUUUCAUCCAGUCAACAGAAUGCAGUAUGUUGGAUGUUGGAAACGAGUUUGUACUCCAUGUGGGAGCAGCUAUUAUUGAGGAAAUGAUCGAUCGAGGACAAGAACCACGAAUCCUAGGCCUCUUCCCAGAUGUGCUAAAAGAAGCCCAAUUUGAAAGAAUCACGCAAGACAAUAGGGUAGCUCAUCUGUCCAAACCUGAUCAUAUCAACCGUGAAUUCUUGUGGGAUAUGAUCAAUAUCUUCAAGAGCGCCCAAGCUUUCCUAAGCAAAAAACUUGAUAUCCCUGAAGAAAAAUACCCUGGAUUCUUACAGCAGGCCUACAAAGAGUGUCAAAAGAGCCCAGGUGCCGAGUGGGUAUUAGGAAUCACAGUUGGUCGAAAACCACAACUUUGA